AUGGAUUUCGUAUCGAUCCCAUUCCAGGCUCUUUUGAUCGAUAAUGCCGAGAAUGAUCAGCUUGUUCACUUUUUGCAGCAACUGGAUCAGCAGUACACUCAUGCGACUGACGAAAAGGCUCGUUUUGGCACUCUGCAGAUUCUGCUGCCCAUCUUCAAGGCUCAUAUGAUGCGAUUGAACAACGCAGGCAAGGAGAAAGCUUGUAUUCAGCAGUAUCUACAGCCUUGGAUGCAAGCCAGCUUUUCACAGGAUUCGAUGGUGGCUACAGAGAGUGUGGGGCUGUUGGAAAAGACAGUGUCCUUCUUGAUGAGUCGCUCUAUGAUCUUGUACGAUACGCAAGAGUGCUUUGGUCAAACCACAUUAGUUACCAUGCUGUCUCAGUUAAUAGCAGCCAUGGAAGCAGAGCCAGAUUUCGUCGAUCUCAAGCCAUUGGCAUUCAUCGAGACAAGCUUGACUACCGAGGGGCGUGCAUUAUGGGAUCGUGUCAUCAUGCAACAAACUAACACCAGUGCAUCAAAUCAACCAUUGGACCUCGAAUGUUGUUUGGAGACGCUCAACUUGUUUGUCCGAGAUGUGAAUGAAAAUGAAGAGAUUUUGGCCUUGUUAAGGGAACAUGGUUCACACUCAAAUUUGGAGCAGUGGAUGGAUCUGGUCUUUUCAGUCGCUGUGGGCAUGAUUCCUUGCACAGAUCCCACUAUACGCAACAAAUUGGCUCAUGAUCUGUUACCCAAUUUGUUCCGUUGGCAGCAGAACAGUGCUCAGCAAGUGGAUCCGAAAAUGCAAGUGAACUGGUGCGAGCUACUGUGGAAGCGUACGCUUGCCAUUUUCGGCCUUCCAGCCACCAAUUUACUGCGUCUAGAGAUUUAUGGACUGAUUGCCAGAUUUUUCGACUUUUAUUUUGGAUUGAACGAUGCGACAAGAGAACCAGUUGUACACAAGGAUCUUCGAUUUGAUGUGGAUUUCUUUCAUAUUUUGCAGAGCGGUCUUCGCAGUAACGACUCGUUGGCCAGAAAAUACUCGACUUACAUCCUGAAGCGCAUCAUUGAUUUCAGCGACAAGCACCCUUCCGCCAUUCCAGCGACUGCAACAUGGACACCUUAUUUCAAAUGGGAUUCAGCACAAUCACAAGCCUAUGCCGAGCAUUGGGAUGACUGGUUCUUGCUCUACGACAUUAUGCAUGAAAGUGUCAUUCAUCUUGUGGAUCCCGUGCUACCCAGAUUUGAGACGUUGGUCAAGGCGAAUUUCUUGGAUGCGUCAUGGUGGGUGCUAUUGCUGCAUCGAGGCUUCCAGAACGACAUUGCUUCGGUGAAAAAGUGUUUGCUCGAGUUUAUCUUUUCCAGACAAGAUCCAGAUGUGUUAAAUCAGUUGGGCGUGCAGCAAGCCUUCAUGUUUGGUGCUCUCUUCAAGACAGUCGAUAAUACAGGUCUCUUCCAAGUACCUACGCAGGGUACCAUGGUGAGUCCCUUUGGCGAGCAUUUCAGAUUCUUCAUGUUGCAUCUGAUUGAUGCUAUUCAAGACAAGCAAGAAAAGACCCAGUUUCUGAGGCAGUUGAUUCAUCAUAUUUCGCAUGUCGUGAGCAGUUAUGUUCCUAUUUUAUACACCAUGGAGGCACUGGCUGAAGCACAACCUACCAAUGCAUGGGGACCUGAGGAACUCAAGUCGUUGAGAGUGUUGGUGGAUCGUCAUAGAAACUUCAACAUUCCUGCAACAAAGCAGUUUUUGCGCAAACUGGGCAUAGCAGCUGUUGUUCGACUUGGCAAUACAGCCACGUUGUCAUUCUCGGAUAUAGCCAAAACUAUUUCAUCUCUGGUCAAUGAAUAUCCCAUCAAGACAAACUCGACUGAAUUCCAGUUGAUUAGACAUUGGUUAGAACACAAGAUUUCCAAGGAUCAGUCCAUGGACAGCGUAUUGAAUGGAUUGAAGGAUCGCAUCAAAACGUACAUCUAUGACCUCAAGUCGCAAGAUAUCCCUGAAGCUGUGUUGCGCACUCAAGCCAACGUGUUGGCGCGCACAUCUGUUUUUGUUGUAUCCACCCAGAACUGUGAAUUGGACUCUGACUUGGUGACAAACCUUCUGUCCGAGUUCUCUGCCAACUUGAAGGAUCCUGAAUGUGAUCAAGUGAAAUUUGGUAGACUACUGACAUUGCUCAAUGCUUUAUGGGAAAACUUUGGUUCUAGUUUUGUGAAAGAGAUCAAUUUUCUUCAGGCUAUUGGCCUCAACAAGCAAGAUGCUGCAAGACUUUUGAAGAGAAUCGAUGGCAGAUAUCUGAACAAGGAAGAGGAAGAGCCUGUUGACGACGAUGUCAUGGCUCUGUACAUUUCACUUAGUGAGAAGGUCCUUUUAGGUAGCGAGACACUGGAAGAGACAGAACGCAUUGACUCUAUCAAACAGCACUACAACAUCUGUCUUGAGCUGCUGAAAUACCGUCCUGCAACCCUGAAUGUCAAUCAUGAAAUGUCGAAACCAACCUAUAUCAGUGUCUUGAGAAUCGUAUACAAAGCAGCUACUCUCUUUGCUAUCACCGACUUUGACUGCAAUGACACUCUUGUAACAUUAGUCUAUGGCCUCCCCAUGAAACGUACACAGGAGGCAUUACGCGAGAGAACUUGGGGUGAUUGUAUAUCGAGAUUGAUCAAAAGUAAAUGGGAAUGCGUAGAGACCAUCAUCCAAUAUGCUAUCAAGCUAAAAGACAAUGGCCAUAACGACAAGGAGUUCUUUGACCCCAUUGCACUCUAUGAAGAAGCUGUGGAACAACUCGAAAACUCAUCUGAAUUGUGUGGUGAAGCCAUCAUCCGCAGUUUUGGUCCUCUGUUAGCCUUCCCUUGGGCAAAGACACCAGACACCAUUGAACGCUGUGUAGAUCACGCUAUUGCAUUAAUGAAGGAGAACGCUUUCCAGUCCAAGACAUAUCCUCUGAUGAUCAAAGCUUUCAUUGAUGUUAUUUUCCAGCCUGCGCUACUCUCUGUACCUGAAUUGAAUCAACAAGAUGGCCCUAUGAAGAAAGCGCUGAACAUGGUGAUUGAAACGGGUCAACUCAAACCCUUUAUCAUGGCACAAACUUCGCACUUGUUGCAUCAAUACUGGUCCUCAAUGACAAACGAGUCCAAUCAUUCGCUUAUUCAAUAUGUGCCUGAGGUUGCCAAACUGCUUGUAUUUGGGCCCUUGAGAGACAGAGACGAUCAAAAGAUUGAGGCCGCAUUAACCACCAAACUAGCAACACCAGCAGAGAUUUUAGAAGCUGAAGGAACUGCAGAGACCAUGUUGAAUCAAAACGACUACCUCGUUCGUGUUGACAUGAACGAUAUUCUGUUGAGAUUGGACAUUAACAAUAAGCAGCACAAGGAGUUUGCCAAUCUACUAUUAGAUCAGUUAUUACAGUUGAUGAAUGAUGAAAUUCUGUUUGAAUUUACCUACACAUCAACAAUAGAGCAUAGAAUCAAGCUGCGUGUGUGCUGCUCACUUUUACUGAUUGUCGAUUUCGCUGAAGAAGCCAAAUUGCAACACUACCUAGAUAUCAUAUUUGAAUUGAUGCGCAAAGAGACGGUGGCUUCUGUCCGCUGUUAUGUCGAGUGGGCGCUUGUCCGCAUCAUGCGUCGCUACCCUCAAUUGCUGUCUACUCUCUUUGACAAGGUUGCUGACCCUAACCACAAGCCCAAUUUCGUGAUUUCCUUGAUCACUGUGACAUUCUCACUCUGCGACGUCUUGCCAGAAGAUGCUAUCCAAGGCUACUUUGAUGUUGUCUUUGUGCGUUUAAUUCCAUGGCUCAUCACUAACCACUUUACCGUCCGCUUAUUCGCUUUCUGUUCGUGGAGACGCAACUACAACAGCUGUAUUACCAGAGGACUUGGCCAACAAUUAGAAGACAACAAAUACAUCAAGUCGCUCAGCACCUUUAUGGAGACUUAUACUGACUGUAUCAAGUUCUUUGACAAGAUCCAGAAUCAAUUCUACAUGUCUAAAUUUGAUCCCAUCCAAGACUACAAUGUGGAGUUCAUAUUUCGCCAAAUGAUGACUGAAUUUCAGGUCAUUGAUAAUGAAAAGAUUGGCUCCAAGGCAUUCAUUCGUCUCAAUGGUCAGGCACCACCUCGUUGUCCAUUUGAAAACCCUGCCCGCAAAGAAUAUUAUACGUCUGCUGAUCCCUCUGAAAUGAUAGGCAUUGAAGAAGAAAUCGAAAAUGCACAAGCCGAAGCCACGAGUAGCAGCACAGCAGAUGAUGUCUAUCAAAAGAAGAUAAUGCCUUGGGAAAUGAUGUUGGAGACAGACAUGGACCUGACCAAGAAUCUUCACAAAAAGAACCGUCGCUCCAAUGAUUUGAUUGUCGUUGCUAGCUUGAUUGAUCGAUUACCCAACUUGGCUGGUCUUUGCCGUACCUGUGAAAUCUUUAAUGCUUCUCAAUUGGUGGUGCCCACUCUCAAGAUCAAGGAAGAUAUCGGGUUCACUAGCAUCAGUGUGUCGUCUGAACGCUGGAUGCCCAUGAUUGAAGUUGCUGAACCUGACGUGGCUGCCUAUUUGCAAUCCAAAAAGGAGGAGGGUUAUACAUUGUGUGGUUUGGAACAAACUACUACCAGUGCUACGUUGGGUGAAUAUGAGUUCCCAGAGAAAUGUGUACUGCUGUUGGGCAAAGAAAGACAAGGCGUGCCUGCUGAUUUAUUGCAAAUGCUGGAUGUUACCAUUGAGAUUCCACAGUAUGGUAUUACAAGAUCGUUGAAUGUACAUGUCAGUGGUGCUAUUUGCAUUUACGAAUAUACGAAACAGAUGCAUUGGAGACAGCAGCAAUUGUUGCAGCAACAGCAACUUGGAAGUUAG